AUGGGUUUCUUCGAGAGUCGUUUCUUUGAGCCAACAUGGAAGAACAAGGUCUUGGUUCUUCAAGUCGCCUUUACGAUUCUCAUCUUCAUCCUUGCCAUUGUCAAGAUCGUCACAACACCAUCCUAUAUCCCAUUCAAUAGAAUGGACAUUGUUGCCAUCACAAUGAGUCUCAAGUCCGGGAUCUUUCUUGCCUAUGAGAUCUUGACCAUGAAGAUGGAAAAGUUCCAGCGGUUCGGAAGUCUCAAGGCCUACGCUGUUCUCAACACCCUGGACGUAUUUUUCUGGGCGGCUGUUAUGGGCUUCUCAUUUAAAAGCGUCGACACAAUUUGUUCCGGCGCCAACUGCGCUGUCGGUAUUGUCACGGGACUGAUGGCAUUGGUGAACUCUAUCAUCCACUUCUGGGCUGCGGUUAUUGCCUGGAAGAAUCACAAGUAUUUCAAGACCUAUGGUGUUUCCCGCGGUCAGGACGAGGACAAGAAUACAUGCCCUACUAUUAUUUAG